CAGCCCCAUUGAUGUGGUUGGAGGCGUGGCUCACCCCUCCGUUUCCUGCUCCACUACAGCCCCAUUGAUGUGGUUGGAGGCGUGGCUCACCCCUCCGUUUCCUGCUCCACUACAGCCCCAUUGAUGUGGUUGGAGGCGUGGCUCACCCCUCCGUUUCCUGCUCCACUACAGCCCCAUUGAUGUGGUUGGAGGCGUGGCUCACCCCUCCGUUUCCUGCUCCACUACAGCCCCAUUGAUGUGGUUGGAGGCGUGGCUCACCCCUCCGUUUCCUGCUCCACUACAGCCCCAUUGAUGUGGUUGGAGGCGUGGCUCACCCCUCCGUUUCCUGCUCCACUACAGCCCCAUUGAUGUGGUUGGAGGCGUGGCUCACCCCUCCGUUUCCUGCUCCACUACAGCCCCAUUGAUGUGGUUGGAGGCGUGGCUCACCCCUCCGUUUCCUGUAGUCCACGAUCAACUCCUUUGUCUUUCCGACGUUGAGGGAGAGGUUGUUGUCCUGGCACCACACGGCCAGGCCUCUGAUCUCCUCCCUAUAGGCUGCUUCAUCGUCGUCGGUGAUCAGUCCCUACCACCGUCGUGUCAUCGGGUAAAUUUGAUGAUGGUGUUGGAGUCGUGCGCGGCCACGCGGUCGUAGGGUGGACAAUGAAUACAUGAUGGAACUAAGCACAUAGCCGAGCGGCCCGUGUUGUUGGUCAGCGUGGUGGAUGUGUUGUUGCCUCCCCUUAACGCCUGGAGCCGGCCCGUGUUGUUGGUCAGCGUGGUGGAUGUGUUGUUGCCUCCCCUUAACGCCUGGAGGCGGCCCGUGUUGUUGGUCAGCGUGGUGGAUGUGUUGUUGCCUCCCCUUAACGCCUGGAGCCGGCCCGUGUUGUUGGUCAGCGUGGUGGAUGUGUUGUUGCCUCCCCUUAAUGCCUGGAGCCGGCCCGUGUUGUUGGUCAGCGUGGUGGAUGUGUUGUUGCCUCCCCUUAACGCCUGGAGCCGGCCCGUCAGUAAGUCCAGAUCCAGUUGCAGAGGAAGGUGUUUAGUCCCAGGGUCCUGAGUUCAGUGAUGAGCUUGGAGGUGACUGUGGUGUUGAAUGCUGAGCUGAAGACAAUGGACAGCAUUCUCACAUACCGGUGCAUGCAGAGGUAGAGUUUGAGCUGCUGGAGGGAGCUGUGCUGGCUGUCGAGAUGCUCAACGGAACACCGCUACACAGCGGACACAUCGUCAAGGUCCAGAGACCUGUAAAGGAGUCCACGUUGGAUCUGGACGUCUUUCUGAGUUCCCUGCAGGAUGACCCGCUAAAUGCUAACGUCAUCUACGCCGCAGGGCUAAAGGCUAACGCUAAAACAGCACAGUUUGCAGCCAAAGUUAAUGGGACUGGGCUAAAUGCUAAUGCGGCAGCUGAAGUCAAUGAGACCGGGUUAAAUGCUAAUGCGGCAGCUGAAGUCAAUGAGACCGGGCUAAAUGCUAACAUAGCAGCACUCCCAGCUAAGGUCAAUAGAGCUAGGCUACAUGCUAAAGCGAACCAUUCGGGGCUCUUAGAGAAAGUCAAUGGAACUUUUCUAAAUGCUAAAGCUAAGCUAGCUGAAGCGAAUGGACCUGGGCUACAUGCUAAAGCUAAAUUUGCUAAGCUAGCAGAGCUCUCAGUUGAAGUCAAUGGCACUCUGCUCCAAGUGAAAACUAUGCUAGCAGAGAUAGCAGCCGAAGCCAAUGUUGGAGCGAGGCUCCAUGCUAAGACUGCCGGACUCUGUGAAGAGGACCUCCGCGAGGCCUUCGGACAGUACGGAACGGUUCAGGGCGUAAUUCUACCUGCAAAGCACUCUGGAAGACAGAAACGUAGGAGACAUGCUUUCCUAAAGUAUGAUAGUCCUGACACUGUGGACGCGGUCCUCAGCUCACCUGUGGAACUCUGGGACAGGAAGGUGAGCACUCGCAGAGCCCUGACUCCGCCCCACCUGUGCUCCUGGGUUACUAUGACGACGACUGGGUCCGACAGAGAGACAGCGGACGAGUCGUCGCAGGAAACCAGAAGAGAGGAACAGGAAGUGGCGUGCGUGAUGAGGAAGUUGGACCGGCACGUGGGGAAGCUGUUCAGAUCUCUACCUGACAACACCCUCAGCAUCGUACUGCUGCCUGGUCACAACAGUGCCCAUGGCGAUGGUCUGUGUUUCCUGGAGGUCAAACAGGGGUCAGCAGCACUCGGUGACCACGCCCACGACCUGAUGCUACCUGCAUAGGGUACCUUCCCAAGAUUCCCAGAAAUCCAGUUCCUUCCCAAGAUUCCCAGAAAUCCAGUUCCUUCCCAAGAUCCCGGUUGGAAGAUUCUGGAUUUCUUGCUUACCCCCUCCUGAUUUCGUGAAUCUUCCAAACGGGACAUUUUGGGAAAGUUAACAGAUGUUGGCAACACUUUGCCUGCGAUACUGUGUUUUACCAUCUUGGUGUGCUGUAGCCCAGCAGUGCUGCAACUUGACUAACAAAGACAGCUAUAGGCUACGAGAGUAUGAAGUUAUGUUUUAAAUAAACAGGUGAGUCUACUUACGAGUGUAGUGUGCACUAUGAGCACCCUAUUCCCUAUGUAGGGUACACUAUGAGCACCCUAUUCCUUAUGUAGCGUGUACUAUGGGCAGCCUAUUCCCUAUGUAGUGUGCACUAUGAGCACCCUAUUCCCUAUGUAGUGUGCACUAUGGGCAGCCUAUUCCCUAUGUAGUGUGCACUAUGGGCAGCCUAUUCCCUAUGUAGUGUGCACUAUGGGCAGCCUAUUCCCUAUGUAGUGUGCACUAUGGGCACCCUAUUCCCUAUGUAGUGUGCACUAUGGGCAGCCUAUUCCCUAUGUAGUGUGCACUAUGGGCACGCCAUGGGUCCUGGCAAAACUCUCUACAGGGAUUAUUAGGGUGCCAUUUUGGACGUAAACUCACUGUUUGACCUGUAUUGCUGCUUCUGAUCUGAAUCACAUGAUGCCUUGUGUCGUCUUUAUCAUGUCCUCCUAAUAAACAGGUGAUUGUUGUUAA